UUGCUUCAGCGUCCUGCACACAUUCUCUCUCUCUCCCUCUCUGAAGUGGGAUAGUGUUCAGCCCGGGUGGUAAUUAGGUCAUAAGCCAUCUCUGACUCACUCAACAUCUCAUCCAUCGCCUUUCACACUUACCUAAUCAUCUGAAAUCCCCCAUGAGUGUCUUCAUGAGCUCUUGCCUUCUUGUUUCUCCUCCUGUCUUCCAUUCAGUUUCCUGAUCUUCUCCACACGGCUCUUGUAAAUGUUCUCACCAUCUCCUGCUCCUUCUGAACUCCGCACCGCUUGACACUCCUGCAUCAUGAGCCCUGGUCUUCAGCGGUCGGAUGGAAAGGCAAACCACUCUAUGGAUGGGAGUUUGGACCACAGUUUUGGAAGGUGUGCUGAGGCGCAGGGGGCACCACCACUGAAAAAUUACAUUUUUUUGACUAUUUUCACUUGCUUUUGUCCAGCGUGGCCUAUUAACAUUGUGGCAUUGGUCUUUUCUCUAAUGUCUCAAAGCAGUUAUGAUGCAGAAGACUAUGAAGGAGCUCAGCGGCUGGGGAGAAAGGCUCUUCACAUGGGAAUCGCUUCCCUAGUCAUUGGCCUUGUGAUCAUAACGGUCUUCUGUGUUGUACACAUCACCACGAUUGCAAUCUGAUAGUGGAGAAACCAGUUUGACAGGAAGACUACACUGUAAAUUGGUGGUGAUCAGUUCCGGUGAACGCCAGAGGACACUGUGAGCUACACCCAGAACUUGGUUCACUGUGGUGGCACCAUGAGCUUGAACCAUCCCAGGUUUAUAAGUAAUCAAUAUUUUCAAAUGGAAUGUAUAAGUGGGUCUGAUUUGCUCAAAGCAUGGCCAAGAAUCCAAACUACAAAAAAUCUUACACUAAAAGUCACUUCAUAUUCAUACCAUCUCAGAAUGAUGUUGUUUAUUUCCACAGGCAGUACAACUGCAUUUGUACGUCUGUAUUUGCUGAGUAUCAUGACACAUCAAGUAUUGUAAAUGUGUAGUUUAGUGGUGUACAUUGUAUUUGUCCUAAAGCAUAAAAGGAUUGCUUGCACCUAAAUAACUGAUGCUUUUACAGAGAGAAAGAGAGAAAAAAUUAAAUAAAACAUGUUAUGUUGUAUGGGUGAAUGUAAAAUGACAGGAAGUAUGAUCAUUUUUUAUGAAUUUGAAUAAAUGUGCAAUGUAUGAACUGACUCAAUACACUAAA